AUGCAGGGACGUAACCAGAAAUCUCUUUCGGGGGGUGUCUUUGUGACGAUCUUUCAGGCUCGUGAGAUGACGAAGUGGCUGAGGAAGAUGGAGAGCAUCAAGUUGGCGUCCCUGUUUUCGGUGCUUUCUUGCCUUAUGGAUGCCUCAUUAUGCCAGAAUUGCGGCGAGACGUUCACUGCUUCCUGUGGUGAAAUCAAGUCUCCUGGAUAUCCGGACUCCUACCCUCCUUUCAGCAACUGCCACUGGGAAAUUCAGGCCGACGAAGACCAAAACAUUUUGAUAAUGUUCUACGAAUUCCAUCUGGAAUAUACGGAAGAAUGCUUUUUCGGAGAUUACCUAACCAUCACCGGCAACAAUGGAGACCCAAUCAUAUUCUGUGGCGAGACUACCCCUUAUACCAUAGAAUCAAGUGGAAAUAGCCUCUCAAUCAAUUUCAUCUCCAAUGCUGAUGACAAUCAAGGAUACCGAUUCCAUCUGCUUUAUACCGCCAUUCCCUCAUCUAACUCAUCCCGAUGCGAGGAUGGUUGGGAAGAAUUCGGGUCGCACUGUUACUACUUCUCGGACGAGGAAGCGAACUUUACUGAUGCAAAAGCGGCAUGCGAGGCAAGGGGGGCCCUACUGACGAGCAUUCACUCAAGGGAGGAGCAGCUCUUCAUACAGGAACACGUCAAGACUCCGACUGCUUGGAUCGGAGCUGAACCUAGAGGAUGUCAGGACUAUAAUCCGUAUUGUUUCGAUUUUAUUGAUGGAACGCCCAAUGACUAUCAAAAUAUGUGGCUGGGGGGGCACCUAGUUGGUUUUUGCUCUGCUUCGGAAUGUGGGAUAAUCCUCGUCCCAGAUCUUUGGGCGAAUCGAGACUGCUCGGAUACCAAACCGGUGAUCUGCGAGUCCACCAAGCAAUUCAGUGUGGAUUGGCCCUGUUACUCUCCAGAAAUCUGCUUCCACAUCUCGAAGGAAUCCUUCUCUUUCGAUGAAGCCAGUUCUUAUUGCCAACAUUUCCGUGGAGCUAAUAUCCUCUUCUCUAUAGGAUCGAGUGAAGGUAUUCAAACUGAUUUGGCAAUCACCUUCGAAAAGCCUCUUUACUUUCAACACCCUUUGCCAGAAUGGAGUGAGUUUUGGGUUGGAUUGAGGCGAGGAGUAUUAGGGGACUGGAAGUGGGCAGACGGAUCUCCCUUCGACUUGGACAGAUGGGAAGAAGGAUAUCCCACUGACGACGGUGGCGAAUGCGCUGUAAUUACAACAUCAUCCUGGGAUGAUGCCCUUAAAUCGAACUUUGCAUCCUAUGUCUGCAAGAAAUUGCCCGAGGGGAACUCAACUUGGAUCUCAGCGAAGGCAGCCUGGAACUUGAGACUCACUCCAGAAAUUGGGGAUAGGGAAACGGGAGUGCUUCGUCUUCCCCAUCUUAUCCUUUCUGCUUCUGUGCCGUACAGCCAGAGGAGAACAGACAUGAAGAGCCACUAUACCGUCCCAUUUUGUCCCCUCAUCGUGACUCCGUUUUGCCCCACCAGCACCGUCUAUGAUUAUGACUCUGCCAAACAAAAGAUGAAAUGCGACGAAGUCCUCACUGGUCCCAUUGGAGAAGUCCAAUCUCCUGGUUACCCUGACUCCUACCCCCCCAACACCAGAUGCCACUGGCUCAUUCAAGCUCCACCAACUCGAAAAAUCAUUCUGAACUUGAAUGACUUCAACUUAGAGGACAGCGCGGAUUGCUUCUCCGGCGAUUACCUGACCGUUACCGAUCCGAAGGGUAAGUCCAACGUGUUCUGCGGCCAAGAGCAUCCACAGAGCAUUGAGUCGGUUGGGAACGUCCUAUAUGUCGACUUCACCACUGACGAUGAUGACCAAAACGGAUUCCGAUUUAGUUUCACUUACCGGACCGUUUCCGUGUGCGAGGAAGGAUGGGAGGAAUUCGGAUCCCAUUGCUAUUUCUUCUCGGAAGAGGAAAUGGGUUUUAAUGACGCUCGAGAUGACUGCGAGGCCAGGAAUGCCAACUUGACGAGCAUUCACUCGGACGAAGAGCAGAUGUUCAUCCAAGAGAGGUGCCAUUCGCCGACCGUUUGGAUCGGCGCUAUUCCUACUGGAUGUCAGUGGAAUGACCCCUUCUGCUAUCACUUCAUCGAUGGAACGCCCAAUGACUAUCACAAAAUGUGGCAGGGAACGUUUCUGGUUGGUUCCUGCACGGGAUUACAAUGCGCCAUCGCCCUGGUUCCAGAUCUGUGGAGGAACCGGGACUGUUCGGAAAAGAGGCCGGUGAUCUGCGAAGUCUCCACAAAGGAAAGAAGCGAUGAUUGGAUCUGCAUAACCCCUUAUAGUAUCUGCUUCCACCUCUCCAAUGAAUCCUUCUCCUUCGACGAUGCAAGAUCUUAUUGCCGACAAUUUGCUCCGGCUGAUAUCCUCUACUCCGUGGGAAACGACCAAGAUCUGCAAGGGCUUCUGGCUUUCGCCUUGGAAGGACCAUGGCAUUUCGAACAUCCCCUGCCAAAAUGGAGUGAGUUUUGGGUCGGAUUGAGGCGAGAGGUGUCAGGGGACUGGGCGUGGGUCAACGGAUAUCCCUUCAACGAGGACCGAUGGGAAGAGGGUUUUCCCACAGACGACGGUGGCGAUUGCGCCGUUAUGACUACAUCUGGGUCGGAUUGA